AUGUUAGGAUCAUCAGAAGUAUCAGCAGCUGCAGCAGCAAGAGCAGCAGCAGCUGCAGCAGCUGCAGCAAGAGCAGCAGCAGCAGCAGCAGUGGCAGCUCUUAGUGACAGCCUGGGUACAGGCUUCGCCCGCAGAUACAGCAGCAGCAACCACAGCAGCAGCAGCUGCUGCAGCAGCAAUAGCAGCAGCAGCAGCAGCAGCAGCUGCAGCAGCAGCAGCAGCAGCAGCAGCAUGCUGGUUGUUAGCGUGAGGGAUUGUUUGGUCGUUAAUUUUAUCUUUGGUUUGCUGCUCCCUUCUAUGGAGCAGCAGCAGCAGCAGCUGCUGCUGCUGCAGCAGCAGCAGCUGCAGCAGCAGCAGCAGCAGUAG